AUGGCUAUCAUGGACAGGAGCCCCGAGACCAUGGUGCACCCCCUCACCACCAGGGGCGUCGUCCGGAAGAUUUCUUCUACGCACCACAGCCAACGAAGAUCCCAUCAAAUCUUAUACGCGAGGGGCACUAUGCCGCAGUGACCUCAUCUGAUCCCAAACCAGACUAUUCAAAGGUUGGGGUCGUUUUCCCUUGGGAAUCACGAUCACGUCCUACGCCACGACGUGUAUUUCCCGACUGGGAUCCCAAACCCCCUCGUUUGCAAACACCUCCUAUUGCCACUGCCAAAGAAGAAGCGUUGAAAAAGGAACCUACUCAGCCUGAGCCUGCACCAGCGCCAGUUAGACAGCGAUCGCCCUCCCCACCACCUCAUGUUAAGCGGAAGUUCAAUCCCCCACCUUCUCCCCCGAGACGCGAGGGAUCUCUAUAUGUCAACGCGUGGGAUACUGAUCACGGUAUUCAGCGCUAUGCAUCCAGGCUACAGGGCCGUUCGAGCCCAUUUUCCCCUCAACCGUGGCCAACAACUCCAGGUCAAGAAGCUUAUGCCGCCAAGCAAAAGCAAAAGGCACAAGAGGAGGAAGAAGAAUUCACCACUUGGGGAGAGAAGGCAGAGGCGACCGCCAAAGCCAAAGGUAAAAGUUAUCGUAAUCAAGAAGUUCAAACGGAUCCCAUAAUAACUGAAUCUCGAGGUGUUCAAGUAUCUAUUAUAACUGAAACCGGCAACUAUCCAGAGAUGCCGUCGUUCCGAGAUUCUCACAGAAGGAGAACCGAGCGACCAUAUAGCUUUGCAUCAACCAAUACCUUUGUCGAUGACCCGUCUAGGGAAGUUGACCAAUCGUCAUAUAUUUCAGCAAUUGCUCCAGAGAUUCAAGAAAUAAUGGAUGCUUCUACUAGCUUGCCAGUGCUAAAGACGAGGGAGUCUUCAGAAGAUAGUAUAACUACUGCCAACGACUCCAGUAUUAUUUCUUCACCCGUCAAGGAAAUUGAAGAUGUGGGAACACCCAAGGUACGCAUUAGUCUUCCUGAGCAGGAUGACCAUGCGCCCAGUAGCAUUCCCACCACAAGCGCGCCUGUAGUGCGUCGGACGGGUAGAGUAUUCUCUCCCUCUACAGGUGUCGACAUCUUCAAGAGAGGUUCAGAAGAAGUCCUGGCACGCUUUUUGGUGCAAAAACCAUCAGGCUGGGAUGCAGCUCGUGCAGAUGCUGGCCCACCAACUCCAUCCGCCAUUCACUGA